AUGGUACUUAGUGACUUUUUGUUGGGCUUUGUCUUCCUUAUUCAACUGGGAGUUGGAAUAGCAGGAAAUUUCUUCCUCCUGGGCCUAUCUAGCUUUACCUUAUUCAAUGGUAAAAGGCUGAAGCCCAAGGAGUACAUUUUUAUCCAUUUAGCCUUGGCCAACUCAAAAGUGCUUCUCUCCAAGGGAAUCCCUCACGUGAUGGUCUGUUUUGGCAUUAAAAAUUUCUUGGAUCAUCUUGGUUGUAAACUUAUUGCUUGCCUACAAAAUGUGGCCCGGAGUGUUUCUCUCAGCAUCUCCUGUCUCUUGAGUGGUUUUCAGGUCAUCACCAUCAGUCCCAGUAAUUCCAGGUUGGCAGAAAUCAAAAGCCAAGCCCAAAAGUAUAUUGCUCCUUCCUGCUGCUUCUGCUGGUUUUUCAAUCUGCUAAUAAAUUUAACAUUGCUUGGGACUAUGCAUAACUCAAGGUAUCUGACUAAUAAUACCAAGGUAUGGCAUCUGGGAUAUUGUUCAAUUUUAACUCCUGCCUUUUUUAAUGCUGCAGUUUUUGUUCUUCUCUUUUCUAUUCCUGAUGUUAUGUAUGUGGGAUUCAUGAUUUGGGCCAGUGUCUACUUAAUGUUUCUCUUGCACAAACACCACCAGCAUGUCAAACACAUUCACAGUUCUCAUCUCUCUCCCAGAACUUUCCCUGAGAAAAGGGCCACCCAUGCUAUCCUCCUAUUAGUGAGCACAUAUAUCUCCUUUUAUUCCAUUCAUUCUAGCUUGUCAUUUUAUCUCUUUAAAAUGGACAAACAUCAGCCUUGGUUUGUUGCUACAUUAAAUCUCCUUGGAACAUUGUUCCCAGCCAUCAACCCUUUUGCUCUGAUCUUCUGUAAUUCCCAAGUCCUCAAAUAUCGGUAUGUUCUGAGGCAUAGGAAACAUCACCCUCUCCUAUGCCACACUGUUAUCAAUCAUGUCCCCUUCCAGAAUCCUACCCUCACCCUAUGA